AUGAGCUCCUGCGAAUUCAUUUUAGAAACAAAAGCGAUAUCACUGGAGAUCCCUUUCCUUCCUAGCGUAGGAGUGAUUUCUAAUCGAACAUUCCUGCAUUGUAAGAAUGCUACCCAGAAAUGCUCCAUAUGUAGUCAUAAACUCUGUUAUUUUGUUGGGUCAGCUUCACUGUUUGUUUUAUUUGCAGCUGGGGACCGCCUUCUGGACAUACCUUGUAACGUUUGUGGCGACAGAAGCUCCGGGAAACAUUACGGCAUCUACUCCUGUGAUGGAUGUUCGGGAUUUUUCAAACGAAGCAUACACCGGAAUCGUGUUUACACGUGCAAGGCACAAGGCGAUCAGAAGGGCAGGUGUCCCAUCGACAAGACACACCGAAACCAGUGUCGGGCGUGUCGGCUGAAGAAAUGCUUCGAGGCAUCGAUGAACAAAGACGCCGUUCAGCACGAGCGUGGUCCGCGCAAGAACAAGAACAAGGACCUGCUGGAGGCGGAGCAGUCCAAGGUGCCCGUGUUCCUGGGCAGAGGCGGCGACUUCCUGGCGCCCAGCUCGGCGUUCGGAGCCGGCCACCCGGUGGCGGCUGGUGUGCUCACCCACCUCCGGACACCGGGCCCGCUCCAGCCGCCAACGGAGCCGUUCGGCGUGCCGAAGCUGGUGGCUGACGAGCGUCCGCCGCUGCUGUACCCGACGCCGCUGGCGCUGACGCCCUCCUGGGACCUGUUCCACGAGACCACCGCGCGGCUGCUGUUCAUGGUGGUGCGCUGGGUGCGCGGCCUGGCGCCCUACCAGACGCUGGCCGCGCGAGACCAGAUGCUGCUGCUGGAGGAGUCGUGGAAGGACCUGUUUCUGCUGCAGCUGGCCCAGUGGUACCUGCCGUUCGACCUGUCCUCCCUGCUCGACUCGGCGCACGCUCAGUCCCGGCUGGGGGUCGGCUCGAGCGGCGACGUGCGCACCAUUCAGGACAUCCUCUGCCGGUUCCGGCAGCUGGCGCCCGACAUGACCGAGUGCGGCUGCCUGAGGGCCAUCGUACUCUUCAAGCCAGAAACUGCGCGUCUGACGGACACCCGGCCGGUGGAGAUGCUCCAGGACCAGGCGCAGUGCGUGCUCAGCGACUACCUCCGAGCACGCUUCCCGCGGCAGCCGACACGGUUCGGCCGACUGCUGCUGCUCAUCCCGGCCCUGAGGUCGAUCCCGGCCGCUGUGGUGGAGGCGCUGUUCUUCAAAGAGACCACGGGAGAGAUCGGAGUAAGCCGACUCCUCUCCGACAUGUACCGAAUGGAGAAUACCGAAUGAAGGGAGAUUGGGGAUGGAAGGGAAAGGUCUUGUGUGAAAGACCUUUCUUUUUGUGAAGGACAUGUCCUCUUAUGAAAGACAUGGACGAAGGUAAUGGGAUAGGGUGCAGUGAAGUGAUCUCAGAUAUUUGUUGAAUGAUCUCAAAUUGAUCUCAAGCGUCUAGCUGUUAGGUCUGAGGUGAUGAGGUGAAUGUUUUGUGUUAAGAAAAACGAUGAAAUAGUGUGACGUCAAAUGACCUGGACCGAGUCAUAAAAAAAUCUUUACUCGUGGCAUACGGGAAAAAAGACAAAGGGAUACGUUAAAAUCUACGACAUAAUUCAACGUACAUUUCUCAUUAGCUUACAAUCACAAAUAGUGUUUUAUCGUUGAAUGCAUACCGUUCCAACUUGUGCACUAGGCACGCUUUACAAAGUUGCCAGAAGCAAUCAGGCAUCCACCCGCGAACCCAUUCCGUAAAAUACCGGUUUCUGAGGUAUGAGCUUGUAAAAUGUUUGGUGCAUGUAGUUACAGUCGCAGGCAAGAAUGUGUCGUGGUUUAAAUCGGCUUAAAUGCUAUUUUAGGGUUUACGUUGUUGUGACCCUUCGGAACCGCGGAUUAGAUUAGAAAGGCCGAUGUGUACAGAUACCUGAUAUUGCACCCCGAGGCGCAGUGUUGCAACUUGUUCGUGUCAAAACCGGUAUAAAUACAGUACCUUUUUCUU